AUGGUGAUUAAUGACACACAGCUGACAGUGAUGACUCAAAUCAAAAACCAUAACAACAACCUAGUGGCGGGAAAUGGUGCAAGCAGGAAAACAAAGUCCAAACUGAGUGAAACUGUGACAACACCCUUUCUUCAUUUAGUAUACGUGGAUCUAUGAAUAUGCUAAUUAGCCCCACCUCCACUCACUUGCACGAGCUCAGAGAUCCACUCGGUCAACUUAAUGAGGUAAAUGCUGCACAGUGGUAUCGCUUUUUACAACAUUGGACACAUAACGGUAAUUAACAUGAUUAGCGUUUUGCUUGACUGUGUUAUAAAACAGAUAUGUGUUGCUAAUGUUACACAGAGCGGUCAUAGUUAAUUAUAUGCUAAAGUCCGCCCACACGUUGAUGUGAUUGGUUGUGAUUAGAUUGGAACACCAUCGAUUUCAAACCGCGUUUUUGAAACUGUCUUUAGAUCACUACAGUUUUAAAGACAAAAUAUUUAACAAUGGUGUUUGACUUAUGAAUUUGCGCAUGGUUUGUCUUAAAGCAUAUUAAAAACACCACAUAGACAACAUUAAAAACUUGAUUUUCACCCCAGGGGGACUUUAAAGUUAAUUUAUUUAUUUUAAUAAUGUACUAAAAUAAAUGUAAUACUUGUAAUGAUGAAGUUGCAACUUAGUACAACUAUAUUUUAGGCUACAUGACAAUAGAAAUUCAGCGUUUAAUUGGUCAUGUAAGAUGGGUUUAAUAAUUUUUUUGUGUGUGUAUUUUUUGUUACAUGCUUGUUAAACAUUCACGUGCAAAUUAUCUGAAUAAGCACGCAAGAAAGCGGUGUCCUGGUCUCAGUUUUUACAGCAUUGUUAUUCUACUGUGAUUAUGAUAAUAAAAUUAUUGAUAUAGCUGGAGUGGAUUUUUAUUUGUAUAUCAAUGUCAGAAAAUCAAUAUUUACGAUAUUAGUUUACAAAUUGUUGGAGAAUAGCAAAUAAUGCUGUGAGAUUUGAAUGAAUCUUAAAAGAGGAUUAGCCUCUCUGAGCCGCGGAACGCCCCUGCAGGAUCAGUUUGUUUCUCUUCGAAAACCAGUGUCCCCUCUCAGCCACUGUAUCGCUUUAAAUGUCAAGAAUAACGUUUAUAUUUUUAGCGCAGCCAUUUAUAAUGUCAUUGACCGAAGACACAUAAAGAUCAGUCCUAGUUAUAGAGCACCUGUGUGUAUUUACAGGACAUGGUUUUGUUCAGGUUUGGUGUUAUUUUGACACCAGAGUGUUCAGAUGUCGAGGUGUUUGUAUUGGGCUCUCGGCCGGAGAUGGGACACUGGGAUCCGAACCGAGCCGUGAAGAUGAAUCCGAGCAGCUCGGUUCUGUCCAGCUGUGAACCGUGUCUGUGGAUCGGAGACGUGCAUCUGUCCGAACCGCACACAGAUCAGCUGUGGUUCAAGUUUAUAAAGCGUGUCGAUGGGAACUACAUUUGGGAAGGCAGUGGACCCCAUCAUGACCGGCAGUGUGUGUAUGACAGCAGUAACAUGGUGGACGGGGUAUACUGCCACCCUAUUGGUCACUGGAUCGAGGAGACGGGCCACACAGAUGAGAUGAAACACACCACCAACUUCUACUUCAGCGUAGCGGGACAGCAGUCCAUCCACUUCUCUCAGGUGCUGCCUCGUGUCUGGUUAGGCAGCUGCCCUCGACGGGUCGAACAUGUAACCCUAAAGCUGAAACAAGAACUGGGUGUUACAGCAGUGAUGAACUUUCAGACAGAAUGGGAUGUCAUAAACAACUCACACGGCUGCCGGCGUGACCUCGGUCAACCCAUGACCCCAGAGACAAUGAUGCACCUGUACAAAGACUGUGGUCUUUCUUAUAUCUGGAUCCCUAUCCCAGACAUGAGCACAGAAGGUCGCACACGGAUGCUGCCCCAGGCAGUGUUCCUGCUCUAUGGGCUGCUGAAGAACGGUCACACGGUAUAUGUUCACUGUAACGCAGGAGUGGGCCGCUCCACUGCAGCAGUGUGUGGACUCCUGAUGUACGUGUUAGGCUGGAGACUCAGAAAAGUGCAGUACUACCUCACUGCCAGAAGGGCGGCAGUCUAUAUUGAUGAGGAAGCGCUGGUAAGAGCAGAAAAUGACUUUCUCACGAAGUUUGGGCGACUCUGUCCAUUUGUCUGCAACCCAGAGACAUGAAAACAGUGCCCUCUAAUGGAUGGGAGGACACCUGUGUUCAAUAAUGUCAAAGCAAUUAACAGACAGAAGAUUUUAUUCUUGUCACACAGAACUUCUUUGUAAAAAUAUUGUCAUCAGAAUCUAAAUCUAUUGAUUAUAUAAUAUAAAAAUAUAUUGUUUAUAUAAUAUUGAGUUAAUUAGAGCAUCAUGAGACAUUAAAUGUUCUUCUAGGAAUCCACAAAAUGAAAUGAAGUGUUGGAAAUGAAAUCUAAUCAUGAGUAAUUCAUACUGAAAAUGAAAUGUAUUAUUAAAAAAACAUUCCCUUGCAA